UACUAAAAUUUUAUAAUCUGUCCAGUUGUGACGUUUACUGGUUGCGGUGUGUUUUCGCUGAAAAUAUUUUAUAAAUGGGUCAAUUUAAUUGAUUGUGAUUAGUAAUACGAUGUCGGAUUCAGAAGGUAGUAAUUAUUCAGGCAGCGGAUCGGAGGCUGGUAGUGUUCCGUCGAACCGGUCGCGCAGGAGUGCCGCGUCGAACCGUUCAGCGAGGUCCCGAUCCGUGUCCCGAUCGCGCUCGCGGUCACGCUCGGGCAGCCGAAGCCCUUCCAGGAGUCCGUCCAGGUCGCGCUCGAGGUCACGCUCGCGGUCACGAUCCAGAUCUCGCUCCAGAAGCCGAUCGGCUGGGUCCGACGCCAGCCGCAACAGAGAUGACGAAGCCAAAGAAGCAUCAGCUGAUGAAGAGGUUGAGGAUGAACAAGAGCCAGAAGGAGAAGAUCUGGUGGACUCUGAGGAAUAUGAAGAGGAUGACGAGGAAGAAGAAAGGCUGAGGAAGAAACGCAAGAAAGACAGUCGCUAUGGUGGAUUCAUUAUUGACGAAGCUGAGGUGGAUGAUGAAGUUGAUGAAGAUGACGAAUGGGAAGAAGGUGCCCAGGAAAUGGGCAUUGUGGGCAAUGAGGUUGAUGAAAUUGGACCCACAGCCAGGGAGAUUGAGGGUCGCAGGAGAGGCACCAAUCUGUGGGACUCACAGAAAGAGGAAGAGAUUGAAGAGUAUCUAAGAAACAAAUAUGCUGAUGAAACAGCAGCUCACAGGCACUUUGGUGAGGGUGGGGAGGAAAUGUCAGAUGAAAUAACACAACAAACACUCCUGCCAGGCAUUAAAGAUCCUAACCUAUGGAUGGUCAAGUGCAGGAUUGGUGAAGAGAAAGCAACAGUGCUACUUCUCAUGAGAAAGUUCAUUGCUUAUCAAUUUUCAGAAGAACCAUUCCAGAUAAAAUCUGUUGUAGCACCAGAGGGUGUCAAAGGUUAUAUCUACAUUGAAGCUUACAAGCAAACUCAUGUUAAAGCAAUCAUUAACAAUGUAGGUACACUCAGGAUGGGCGUGUGGAAGCAGGAGAUGGUUCCCAUCAAAGAAAUGACAGAUGUCCUUAGAGUGGUGAAGGAACAGUCGGGUUUAAAGCCCAAACAAUGGGUCAGGUUGAAGAGAGGUCUGUACAAAGAUGAUAUAGCCCAGGUGGACUAUGUGGACUUGGCACAGAACCAAGUGCACCUCAAACUAUUACCUAGAAUAGAUUACACAAGACUGAGAGGUGCACUGCGGACAGUGCAGAGUGAGAGCGAAGCUGCCAAGAGGAAAAAGAAGAGGAGGCCGGCCGCGAAACCUUUCGAUCCAGAGGCUAUCAGAGCGAUUGGUGGAGAGGUCACGUCAGAUGGUGAUUUCCUCAUAUUUGAAGGCAACAGGUAUUCCAGAAAGGGUUUCUUGUACAAAAACUUUACAAUGUCAGCCAUACUCGCCGAGGGAGUCAAGCCAACACUUACUGAGCUUGAGAGGUUCGAGGAGCAGCCUGAAGGUAUCGAUAUCGAACUGGCAGCUCCGGCCAAGGACGACCCCACCAGUCUCCAUUCUUUCUCGAUGGGUGAUAACGUGGAGGUGUGUUCGGGAGAUCUCGCUAACUUACAAGCUCGCAUUAUCGCCAUAGAUGGCUCGAUGAUCACUGUGAUGCCGAAACACGACGCUCUAAAGGACCCGCUGGUUUUCAAACCGAACGAAUUACGCAAAUACUUUAAGCAAGGUGACCACGUGAAGGUGCUGGCGGGUCGUUACGAAGGCGACACCGGAUUGAUUGUACGCGUAGAGACGCAUCGCGUCGUCCUCGUGUCCGACCUCACCAUGCACGAGCUGGAAGUGUUGCCACGCGACCUGCAGCUCUGCUCUGACAUGGCCACCGGCGUCGACUCGCUGGGACAGUUCCAGUGGGGAGACAUGGUACAACUCGACCCGCAGACUGUCGGCGUCAUCGUACGCCUCGAGAAGGAGAACUUCCACGUGCUCGGCAUGCAGGGCAAGGUCAUCGAGUGCAAACCGCAGGCGCUGCAGAAGAGACGUGAGAAUCGAUUCACUCGCGCGCUCGACUCCGAAGAGAACACCAUUCAGAAACGAGACAUAGUGAAGGUGAUCGACGGUCCACACGCCGGUCGCAAUGGCGAGAUUAAGCAUUUGUACCGCAACUUCGCGUUCCUGCAGUCACGCAUGUACCUCGACAACGGCGGCAUUUUCGUUUGCAAGACGCGGCACCUGCAGCUUGCCGGCGGGGCGCGCAACAACAACGCCAGCGCCGGACUCUCGCUCGGCUUCAUGUCGCCGCGCAUACAGUCGCCCAUGCAUCCCUCUGGCCGCGGCGGCGCCACCCCGCGGGGCCGCGGUGGUCGCGGGGCCGGCAGGGGAGGAGCCACCAGGGACCGCGAACUCAUCGGACAGACGAUCAAGAUCACUGGGGGGCCGUACAAGGGCAACGUGGGCAUCGUCAAAGACGCCACCGGCAGCACGGCACGUGUCGAGUUGCACUCCUCGUGCCAAACGAUAUCUGUGGACCGCGGACACAUCGCCGGGGCUGCCGGGGCAGCGGCCGGCGGCGGCACGUCCUUCUACUCGCGCACACCCGCGCGCACGCCCACGCUUGGGGCACAGACGCCCACCUACCGCGACACAGGCAUCAAGACGCCCAUGCACGGCUCGGCGACGCCCAUCUACGACGUGGGCAGUCGUACGCCUCACUAUGGUUCCGCGACGCCGUCGCACGAGGGCGGCCGCACGCCGGCACACGGUGCGUGGGACCCGACAGCGUCCGCCACGCCGGCCCGGGCACCCGAUUUCGAGUAUGGCUCGCUCGACGACAGCGACGCGUACGGCGGAGGAUCAUUCGCGCCGCAGACGCCCGGCGCCAUGUACGGGUCGGACCACACGUACAGCCCGUACCGGCCGAGUCCGAGCCCAGGGUACGCGGCGGGGUACCCGGGCACGCCGAGUCCGGCGGGCUACUCGCCGCGGUCCCCGUACGAGCCGGGCACGCCGGCCGAGGCGACGGGAGCGGCGGACUGGCACACCACGGACGUGGAGGUGCGCGUACGCGCAGGCGCGGAGGCGGGUCUGGCGGGACAGGUGGGCGUGCUGCGCAGUGUGUCGGCGGGCUCCUGCGCAGUGUACUUGCCGCACGAGGACCGCGUGCUGACGGUGCCGCCGGACCUGCUGGACCCGGUGCUGCCGCAGGCUGGCGACCGCGUGAAGGUGAUCGCGGGCGAGGACCGGGAGGCGGUGGGACAGCUCAUCUCUAUAGAGAACCAGGAGGGAGUGGUCAAGUUCGGCACAGACGACAUCAAGAUCAUGCAGUUGCGCCACCUCUGCAAGAUGAGCACCUCGUAAUUCCCUUCAGUUUCCCUUUGUGUGCACAUCCAAUUCUCUCGACCAGCUGCAUGCAGCAGCAUGUCGCCUGCGGAGUCCUCCUAGCACCAAUAAGAACGAAAUGGCGUCAUCAUUCUAUAUUAAUUUUCUUUAUUUUUGUGUACGGUUCAUUUGUACAUGAACAAAAAAGUCUAAAUAGAUUUAUUUUAGUUCACAGGAAUCGUGUUCUUACUUCUUUAUAAAUUAUUUUAGUCGUUUAGGUACUAGGACACCUAUACCUAUCACGAUACUAAUGUUAUAUCUGUAUUAUAACAUUAUAUGAAAACAAUGUUAAAAUAUAUAACGAUGUAGACAAUGUACUAAUCGCCCGUGUACCACAAACAAAUUAGGGUAAGAAAUGUGAAAAUAAAAUGUAUUACGCCGCA